GAGACGUGUAUGGAAAAAAAAACCUGAAAACAUAUAAAUAAAGGUCGCUUUUCCCUUCACCUUGCAAUUUUCCCAUCAGUUCUCUUUUUUAUUCUUUUUUCUCUGUAUCUUCUCUUUCUGUUCCUUAGUAUCUCUUUCUGCUCCUUCAGUACAACAAAAAUCUCGCCAUGGAUAGCCAAUUUGAGCCUGAACAAGACUUUGACAACUACUAUGACGGUGAUACUGUGACCAUCAACGGGUUCAUCUUUUGUGGUCGCCAUGGUCAGGAAGUCUGUGACAAGUGCCCAACCGAUAACCGCAAUUGCAACAACUCGACCGUGGAGCAAAUGUUGCAUGAGAAACUCACGGAAGAGGAAUUCGAGACAAAAUGGAAGGGGGAUGAUCGUGAACCAUUCAAUGUAACGCGUCAAUGGACUCGUUUAUCCAAUGGCAAGCCUGGAUGCAUGGCUCACAAGGAAGUUGCCUGCAAGGAAUGCUUUAACUGGGGUGACAAGCUUUAUCGCAGUAUCCAUGGUGGCCGUAAGCCGAGGGUGUCUCGUCUCCACAAGAAGGACAAGCAGAACAAGGAUGUCCUUCACUAAAAAAAACCGUAUUAUUCCCCCAAUAUUUCCUUUUCUUUUUCCCUUUCCGCUUUGAAUGGCUCUUUUGGUUGUUAUUUCCCCCCAGCUCCGUAUAAUGUUGUAUGUUAUACUCUUUCUUGUAUUUGAAUUGACUUUUUUUUCUUUUUUUCCCUUUUUUUUUUUUUAGCGUUGAUCGCCGUAGUAGUGGCAGUAGUGGAGAUGUAGUUAUAC